AUGGCUCAUAAUCAAAAAGAAGGUAUUUUUCUAACAACACUGAAAAAUGUUAUUUAAUUUUUAUUAAUUUUCAGAAAGUCUCAUUCCCGUUGGCGAACGGGCCAGUUCGUCUCGCUCAAACCGAGUCUUGCUCAAACCGCCGUGUUGCCAAGAAACAAUCGCCAUUUUAAACGCUGGAUAUUGGAUUAACUCAAACUCUGUUGAACAUUCAAGCCCCACUCCGAGCUCUAAUAGUGCGAAGUUUGCCCAACAUUCCAUGGACAAUUCGUCAGGUGUUAAGUCCCCUCAAUCAUUUGCUAGUUCAAUGUGAGUCAAAAACUUGAAAACUUGCAAUACGACGUCCAAAGAAACAAAAAAUCACAAGUUCAAUUUAUGUUAAAACUAAAAUAUUUUUGUUUGGACAGGCAAAAAAUUAAAUUGAUUUGCUCUAUUAUUUAAAAGAAAUCUUAUGAAACGAGAAAUACUCAAGAGAGAGUAAAGGCGAAGUUGCGUUUUGUAAUUAAUUUUGGUAGUAUCGGGAACAUUUUUAACUUUUUUGGUGAUUCACAAAAAAUGAUAUUAUUUUUUUUUCGAACAUCUGCCCUGAUUAGACAAUUUCCAGAUUUUUUCAUUAAAAAUUAAAUUUAGAGGAUUUCAAUUUAAAAAGAAACCAUGUCUAAACACACUGAAAAUAAUAUAAAAAUUGGAAAUGUAGUCUAAAUGCUGAAAAAAAUAAUUAUACAAUUUUCAGCACUUCAACUCAAGCUGAACAACAAAAACAGCGCGUGGGUCAGUUAAACGAAGAACUCUGCCAGAAAGAUGAAUAUAUCAAAGAACUGGAGUCCCGACUCCAAAAUGUCCUAUUCAGGUAAGUUUUUCUGAAACUUCUAAAUUCUCAAUAAUCAUCAAACGGUUGUCUCUGUUUCUUUUUCAAAGCUGACAAAAAAGUUGAAUUAAUCGUAGAGGUACGAAUUUAGAGAGACACUUUCUUAAGAAGCACAACAGAAUCUUUAAGAAUGAGUUUGAUGCGUAUCUGCUGCUUCUCUUUCAAGCCCAAAACAUUGUCUUCACACUUCAAAUUCAGCGCAUCUAAAGAUUUUCAAAAAAAAAUGGUUUUUUCAGGGAUCGGAGUGACUUCUCGCAAACAGCGGAACUAUUUGAUACAGUGGAGAGGCAAAAUCAACAAAUUAAAGAACUGUACAAAAAGAUGUACGAAAUUAGAGAAAAUAGAGAUCAAAGUGAGUUUUUGGAAAAUUGACCUAUUCUUUUACAAAUAUAUAAUGUUUUCAGUCGCGGAGGAAAAUUUGAAGUUGAGAAAAAAGCUAGCUGAAUUGAAAUCUGCACAAAAGCAAUAG